UGCACUCUGUGGACUCAUCACUCAAUAAAAGGACACUCUACAAACAACAAGCACACUCAACCUGAGGAGAACUGUAAAAGGAAAGAAACAAGUUUAAUUUACAACCUGGAAAACACUGUGGACUUUUUGGAUGUUUUGUGAUCAGGAUAACGUUCACUUUCUGUAUCUAGUGCCCAUGCUGUUUCAGGUGUAAUCUGUUCUCUUUUACAAGAAUGACCUCUUCAUCUUGCAUGGUUUUGAUCUCACUCUUGGUUCGGUUCUCAUGGGCCAGCUGUCCUCAUAACUGCCUGUGCACCUCUGACAUCCUAAAUUGUGGCUCGCUGGGUCUGGACCGAUUUCCCUCACCAAUAUCUUUCAUGACUUCUGUCCUGGAUCUUAGUCAUAACAGACUAACCUGGCUGGCAACAGGCACCUUCUAUGGGCUCCCAAGGCUGCACACUUUGUAUAUGUCCCAUAACCACAUCUCCUUGCUCAGCCCAGGAGCUUUCCACAACAUAAGCAGUCUACGGUACCUGGACCUCUCUUCCAACAAAUUGCAGGUGGUGGGGAAGUACCACUUCCAGGACCUGUUGGCGUUGGAAGUCUUGUUGCUUUACAACAACCACCUUACCCAUGUGGAAAGCAACACCUUAAUAGGGCUCAGCAAUCUCAGAAAGGUUUACCUCAGUCUCAACCAGAUCACCAACUUCCCUUUCUUCACAAUACGCAAGCACAGCCAUCCCAACAUGGUGAUGCUGGACCUCUCCUCCAACUGCCUGUUUCGACUGCCUAUGGAUGACAUUGUGUUGUUGCCUGUGGAAGUGCAAAGAGGCCUAUUCCUGCACAACAACAGCCUGGAGUGUGAUUGCUCUGUGUAUCGCUUGUUCUGGCAUUGGGAGCAGAAGGGAUAUGCAAGUGUGAAAGACUACAAGGAGGACUAUAAGUGUCUGAUGUACGGUGAGCCUCAAAUAUCAAUUCAUUUUCUGCGCACCUCUCACUUAUUUGAGAACUGUACAAUAGGGAAGUUGAUAUCCCUCAUCUCCCCAAAGGCUGAUAAAAUUGUUUACGAGGGAGAACAAGUGAGACUGGACUGCACCGGAACCCUGAAUAGGGAAGAUCUGUCCUACAGUUGGAUCAUCCCUCAUGAAGAGAACAUCUCUCAGCUGAUUCAGAAUGGAACCCUACAUCUUAAUCAAGACGGUAGCCUUGAUAUUAUUGCAGCCCAGUCCACAGAUUCAGGGGUCUACAUGUGCAAUGCCGUGGAUAACUCCAAGAUGAUCAAUGAAUCACGAGAAGUAAAUCUAACUGUGGUAUCUCAGCGCUUCAUGAAGGAGCCAUUCAACACAGGCUACACCACCCUGUUGGGCUGCAUUGUAACCCUUGUGCUGAUACUCAUGUAUCUGUAUUUAACCCCAUGUCGCUGUAAUUGCUGUAAACCCCCUCCUCCCUCUCCAGCCAUCUCAACUUUCGGGGAAGACAGAUGCACACUGGCCUCUAUUUUUGCAGCUCCGUCACCUGGAAAUCGACUGAGAGGCAAGUCUCAGUCUGACAGGCAUGUAGUGUUUCUUGAGCCACUCAUGGAGGAUAAAAACGGUCAAACGAAAGCAGCAUUUGUUGUUGAACAUCCCAUAAUUCAAUGGGACACAGAAAAUGUGACCAUUUUCAAAGAUAGAAAUGAUUCAGAGUAGCAAACCUGUGACUUUAAAAUCCUGCAUGAUUAAAAGAAUAGUUCACCUCCAAAAAAUAAAAAUUAUUAUAUAAUUUACUAAACUUUAUGUUGUUUCAAAUAUGUAUGACUUUCUUUGUUUCAUGGAACACAAAAGGAAAUGUUAGGCAGAAUAUUAUGGAAUGACAGCCUUAGUCACCUUUCACUUUAAUAGAACACAUAAGUGCCCAUCCACUUUUUCAGCCAUUCUGUAUUUUUCCAAUUUAUUGUUUCAUGGGGAUUUCAAAGUACUUCAUGAAAGAAUUCUAAGCCAUGAACCAAACCAACCUGCUCCAAAGUAAGUCAUAUAAUUGAAAACUUUGUAUAAGUUGUUUUGGAGUGUAGGCAGACUGAUUUAAUUGCCUCAUUUGCAGUGCAUCAUGGAAGUGGGCGGUUGCUGCUUUUACCAAGGUUUGUUUGCCGCAAAUCUGUGAUUAGUGGAUUUUCCCCCUCAGGAUCGUGGAUUUAUACGUUAUUGUUAAUAAUGAAUACCCCUAUGGAAAAAAAAUAAAUGGGACUUUUUAAAUUCUGGAACUAGGCUAUUGUUCUCUAUUCUAUAGGAGAAGAAAAAAUAGAAUGAAAGUGAAUGGUGACUGAGGCAAACAUUCUGCCUAACAUCUCCUUUUGGGUUCUACAUAUAAAAUUAUAAUAAUACGGGUUUGGAAAAUGAGGGUGAAUAAAUGAUGACAUAAUAUGCAUUUUUGGGUGAAAUAUCCCUCUAUGCCUGAUUGAACCAUGGGGAGCAUCCCCACAAAUUAUUCUGUAAUAAAUCCCUGUUAAAUAAUUAUAUUAAUCCUUAAAUUAAGAACGUGUCUCCUGUCUCAAAAUACCUGGCAGUAUGAGUCUGUUUGCUUACACUGACGGUACAUGUAUGGGUAGGACUGCAUUGCUAAUAAAGCAUUGAAA